UGGUUUGGGGAUUCAUAAAGUUUGUCUCUUCAUUAUAUUUCUCUAUUUUUGGUGGUCAACUUGUGCACCAAGUUCGGACCUCCAUAUAGAUGUAGCAACUGUGUUGCUGCUCUCAUCGUUUCUUUUCAACCUUAUAGAGAUUCCAGUUAUUCGUUUAUGGAUUUCGGCAAGUGGGUUUUAUUGAACUGUCAAUCUUCUGGCAAGACUCAAUACUUUUCCCGGUUCUGUCGUUGUUUUGUUUGUACGAAUGCAAAACAUGCUUAAACUUGGCUAUAUCACGUAUCAAACUGCUGCAAAACAAGAGAGAUGUACAACUGAAACAGAUGCGCAAGGAGAUAGCACAAUUCCUCCAGACUGGACAAGAAGCCAUAGCUCGAAUCCGGGUGGAGCAUGUCAUACGGGAACAGAACAUAUGGGCUGCAUACGAGAUCUUAGAGCUGUUCUGUGAAUUUGUUCUUGCACGCGUUCCAAUUCUUGAAAGUCAAAGGGAGUGUCCUUCAGAAUUGCAGGAAGCCAUUGCAAGCAUAAUCUUUGCUGCUCCGAGGUGUUCAGAUUUGCCAGAGUUGUUGCAAAUACGGAAUUUGUUCACUACAAAAUAUGGAAAGGAGUUUGUCUCAGCUGCGUCUGAACUUCGUCCUGAUUCUAACGUCAAUCGUGAAAUAAUUGAGAAACUUUCAAUUAGAGCUCCAUCUGCAGAAGUAAAGCUCAUUCUUUUGAAAGAAAUUGCUGAAGAGUACGAUCUGGAAUGGGAUUCUUCUAGCACCCAAAUAGAGUUCAGUAAAAAACAUGAGGAUCUGCUGGAUGGGACAAAUCAGCUAUGCGCUCGAGCUGCAGGUUCUGAUGUGCCCACUAGACAAAGCUCUCUGAACUCCAAACCGAUGAGUGAGGGAUGUCCAAACAUGCCUGCAAAAAGGAAUCAAGGGAUUCAAGAACAAAUUCAAGCUUCCACCCCAUCCAAAAGCAGCGUAUCCAUGAUUAGUCCUGAUAGAACGGCACCAUCAGCUAUGGAUCACAAGAAUGGACAAACUAGUGAUAUUAAAACUGAGUCAAAAUCACAAGCGUCAGAUAUCUUGGAGAGAGCUCGAGCUGCUAUUGCCUUUGCAGAGCGUGCAUCAGCUAGUGCCCGCGCAGCUGCUGAGCUUGUAAAUGUCAAGUAUGGUUCGUGGAUGCAAGAAGGAAAGUCUAUCCAGUGCUCAAAUGAAUGAAGAUGGACAUCUUGGUUCUCUACAAGGAGCUUGGUACUUGAGAGAGAAUAGUGUAAUUUACUUUAAAUAGUCAAAAUUAAAUGCUUUUUCUUACUAAAAAUAUAAAUUACUUAUACUAUAUUAUUCAAUUUACAAUUUUCUCUUA